AUGCACCCGGCCGUCUCCAUACUUGCCGAUAAUGUCGUCAAAUACCACCACCUGCUCGCCCCGCUGCUCUACACCGUCCUCGCGGCUGUCGCAAACGUACACACACCGGUCCAGCAUUCGCUGCUCAUAACGACGAUAUCCUGGCUGAUAGUAUGGGUGCCGACUGUCUUUUGGGUGGGCAUAUAUUCAAACAGCGACAGCGCCAAGAGGAAGACAAGCUGGCUGGCUGGCGCGCUGCUGGGUCUGUCUGUAAUAUGCGACCGCGCGGCAUGCGAUAAGCAGGGCAUUUGGGCGACCAAGGCCCUAAUUCCCUUCUUCACCGUCCUGUUCUCCGAGAACCAAUUGGUCGCAAAACACCUUGCCCUACCCACCUGGACUGUUCUCGAUGGCCCUGCAGCCGAGACCAAGACCCCCCCGGAGCGACAGCCUCAUACCGCAUCAUACGGGAUACUGGCAGUUCUCGUCGUCUCUGCGAGCGCUGUUCUAGGCGUCUACGCAGUUCCUACCACGGUCGCGCUCGGUGUCAGCAGUGCCAUCUUCGCUGCUACUGGUCUUGUCCUGUUCGAGACCACCAUACAAGCCGCGACAGAAGAGGGCGAGGGUGGCAAGCGAGGACUUGGGUCUGCGAACGGGAGUACGUUGCGGCGCGCCUCAGUGAGCGGUGCCUCGAGGCCGCAACGAUUAGCUGCGCUAAGAGAUGUCGCUGUGGCCGUUGCAGUUGUGUGCGGAAUUGCGUCUAUCCUUACCGAGUCGUCCUUGACUGCAAGCACGAUAUCUUGGGAGCCCGUAUACAGAGAGUACAACCGAGAGUGGAGGGAUGUACACAAUUUCCGCAUCCUGCAGCGCUUCUUGUGGAUGUUGCCGGUUCACACCACUGUAAAUGUUCUUGUCUUCGUUCUGUCAUCCGGAUCUCCCAUUGUCAUGGAUUCGCGGCGCUCGAAGCGACUGCGUCGCUUUAUCUUCAUCGUUAUGGCUCUUGCAGUGGGGUCUCUACUUUUCGGACGUUUCACUGGACCACCAACGUAUCAACACAUCACGCAUGGUGUUCUUACCGACAUACCACUUUCCCCGCCUGGGAUGCCACUUGCUCCGGUGUCGGUAGAUCUGACCAAGGGUCAUCCGGCUGCGCAAUUGAUUGACGCUGCAGAGGCAGACUUCCAAGGCACCCUUAACCGACAAUCCAAGUCGCUCGCUGAUGCGGUUCGAGAGUACCGACGCAGGAACGGGAUCUCGCCACCUCCGCACUUCGACAAAUGGUACGAGUUUGCGACGCGCAACGGUGUUGUGAUGAUAGACGAAUACGACACGAUUAAUGAGAUGCUGCUACCGUUUUGGGCGCUCAAACCAUCGACGAUUCGGUCGCGCAUUGCGAAUGCGUUAGGUCAUGAAGAUAGCUCCAUGCUUGCAAUUGCGAUACGCCAUGGCGCUGUAGAGAACUUCCAAGGCGGCGAUGAAUGGCAACAACAGGCUACCAUUGGCAUGAUGAAGCAGUUUGUCCAGUAUCUGCCCGACAUGGAUCUGGGCUUCAACUUACAUGACGAACCGCGAGUCGUCGUGCCCGACAAUCUGUUGUCGUCGAUGGUGGCAAAGGCGAGGGACGAAAUUCUACCGCGCACUGCGAAGAACACUGCACCUCGCAAUGCCUUCUCUGCCCGUCCAGAAGACUUGAGUGAUGGUACACGGUUUGCUGAAGUUAGCACGACCAAGUUCAAUCGCUUUGCGCAUCAACAGACAUGGACGCAUUCGCGGCUGUCAUGCUCCCCUGGCACUCAGGCCCAAACCUUCGAAGACUACGCUGCCGAUAACUUCACCGCGUAUGCCGCCAGCGACCUUGGCUUUAUUUACAACACAACCGCCUUCUCUGAUAUCUGUAACUCGCCUUCGUUCUCGUCAACGUUCGGAUUUUUCGAGCGCCCCAACGCCUUCAGUAUCAUCCAUGAGCUGACACCCGUCUUCUCACAGUCGAAGAUCUCCAGCUUCCAGGACAUCCUAUACCCCAGUCCAUGGUACUGGAUGGGCAAAGUAGGCUACGACGAGACGCACGACACGACCUGGGAAAACAAAACCAACAGUCUCUACUGGCGCGGCUCCACAACAGGAGGUUUCAGUCGCAACGGCGGCUGGCGACGCCAACACCGCCAACACGUCGUCCAACGCCUGAACGCGCCCGACACCGCCAAAGUCCUCGAACCCGUCUCCAACCCCACCUCAACCCACGCCGUAACCUCGAUCGAGCGCAAAGCCCUCAAAGACCUCAUCGACGUCCACUUCUCCCACAUCGGCCAAUGCGACCCCGGCGACUGCGACGCCCAAAACGAAUUCUUCGACGUCACCGAACGCGUCGACGGCCAAGACGCAUGGUACUACAAGCACCUCCUCGACAUGGACGGCAACGCCUUCUCCGGCCGCUUCUACAGCUUCCUCAAGUCUCGCAGUCUAACCUACAAAAUGGCGCUAUUCCGUGAAUGGCACGCCGAGUGGCUACGGCCCUGGGUGCAUUAUAUCCCCCUCUCCCUCCGUGGCGACGAACACCUCGAUCUUGUACGGUGGUUCAGCGGUACACGGGUCUUUGACGAUGAUGGCGAUGGCGUUAUUGAGAGAGUCAAGGCGGAUGGAAGCAAGAAGGGCGGGAAUGGCGCGAGUGAGGGCGAGAAGAAGGCGAGGCUUAUUGCGAAGAGGAGUUCUGAGUGGCAUGAUAUGGUGUUGAGGAAUGUGGACUUUGAGGUUUGGUUCUUUAGGUUGCUGUUGGAGUAUGGGAGGGUGGUGGAUGAUAAGAGGGAGGAGAUUGGGUUUGCGGGGCCGUAA